AUGGCGCCGGGGAGGCUGGUGAUGGAGAUGAGAAGGAGGCAGGCGAUGGAGAAGAACUUCGAUCGCCAGCUCCUUCAGCCCAGCGCUUCUCCUCUUCCUCAGGCUCGGCCGCUAGAGAGCCCUCCAGCAUGGAUCCACCUGUUGGAAGACAAGGUGCGAAGUCAGACGGCACCCUCGUGGGAGUACGACCAACGUGGAGGACGUGGGAUGGAGUAUGAGAGGAAGUUGAAGGAGAGGUUCGAGUCCCUGCAGCGAUCCAGCCACGGGGCUCCAACUCCCUUCUUCCAGUCACCGACCCACGAGGACUCGCAGCAUUUUAUCCCGUUUGGUCAGCAGACCUCUCCAGCGGUGAAUCACAGGAUCCAGGAUCAGAGUCUGGCACCAGCUCUGAGCUUCGAAGGAGGGGAUGGCGUCAGUCCCAACCAAGAGGCGGUUGGGGAGGAGGAGGGGGAGGGGGAGGAGCACAGGACUACCCGAGCUCGAGCGGAUCCCUCGCUCAAGAUUCGACGGCGAUCAAGUGCUGUCCAAGUCCGGACGCACCUCAUCGCUACCACCAAGGAGAUCCCCCCCUGGCAGCACCUCAAGCCUCCUGCCAACCCCAUGUACCUGCGGCCCGUGACCAAGCCUCGCUACCGCACCGAUGUCUGGAAGAUCCUGCCUACCUUCCGCGGCAACGUCAGCAUCAUGUCGAACAAGGGGACACAGGCGGAGGAAGGGCAGUAUGCUCCCUCGCUCGAUAUCCCCGGAGGGUCCUACUCCUGGAGGCUCGCCAGGUCUCACGCGGAAGGACGGUCGAAGACGCCCUGGAUCUCGGGAGAACACCACAAGUUCCAUGGCAGGCCCAAGGAGCCGGACUUCCGCCAGCAGGAGCGCGAGUUUGCUCUCAGCUGCUACACCCUCAGCAACUCCCGACCUGCCGGCGUCUCCUCCGGGCAUGUGAACCAGCCAAGGAGGAAGCAAACAGAGAUGCUGAGUAGGACGAUACAUUCCCAAGGCGUCCAGCUCGACCCUGAGGCCAGCUGUGACUCGGUUGCGAGUGUUGAGUCCGGAUUCCCCGCCGCUGCUCUCCUCCCCGGCAGUCUGAAAGAGAGCGUCAACGACUACCGGCAGUCUCUCCGACUUGCUGAGAUGAAGGAGCGGGAGCCAGAGCUGUACGUGGAGUCUCGACGCGUCUCGCUGGAGAGGCUGAGGACUUGCAAGCAUGACCUCGCUCUGACCCUGAGGCCGCACGGAGGUACCGAGGGGAUCAAGACCUCUUCCUCCUACAGGCUGUUGGGUACCCACGUGCUCUGCGAUGAGGAGCUUCGAAGUCGCUCCUCCUCCCUUGGCAGUCGCACGACCCUCCCCUCCCAAGACUCCUUCAGCUCCAGUCCCAGCACGCGUCCCCCGUCGCUGCUCGGUGCUCAGCUUGAGCUUCUGGUCGCAGCUGACGGCGCAGGCAACGUAGAGGAGAGUCUCCCUUCCGACCUGAGCGAGCUGAAGCGACUUCGCCUUGAGGCAGAGUCGGUGGCCUACGGGUGGAGGUGCUGA